GACUCUAGCACAGUGGACAGAACCGAGGAAAUGGAAGAGGUUUACACAGUUUUAUUUCGCUAUUUAAGCCAGAUGAAAAUUUCUCUGAACAGUAUCAGUUCACUUCUAUCUUUCGUUCACGUCUUUUUUUUUGGCCAGGUCGCCCAGCUAGUCUUCUUUGUUCUUUCGGACCCUCCUUUGCACUUCUACAUACCUGUUAAGCUUAAGAUAUACGCUCAUUUACCCAGACUUACUUGAUAGCCAUGUUCGCCAAAAUAUCCUCCUUGUUUGUCGUUUCUGCUUUGGCCGGCAGCUCUUUUGCAGCUCCUUUCAACCCCCAGACUCAGAGUUUAGCUCGUCGAUACAUUUCCUUUAAUGACUGGCACGGUCUCUCUUCCCUUUCCGGAUUCGACAACUUCUACGGGUCUGAGAACUUCUCGGGAGAAAUAUCCACCCAAGUUGUCGAACAAGAGCAAGAAGUUGUCUGCCAUUCAUUGAGUGUCGAAAUCAUCCAACAAAAGCUUCUUGUAUUACAAGAAAUGGCUAAACAGAUCAUUACCGAACAAAUCUGUGACGUUGAAACACAGACCAUCGUCUUCCAGCAAUACAUUUCAGCCAGCAGCCACUUCACCUCCGACAUAAUGCACACCUCUGGCAUAAGCGCCGGCUAUGAUUCAUCCAUUGUUAGCCACCAUUCCGACCUCUAUAGCUCUGAUGGAAGUCUUUCUACUUCAGACCUCGGAUUCUCUGGCUCAGACGUUGGGAAAAGUGUUAUUGUUCCCACUGGUACCAACUGGAACGAUUCCACUUCCCCUAGCUCUGUACAGGCUGCAUAUGCUGCUGCUCAAAGCGCCAUUAGCAGCAACUAAGUACUCCCCUUGUAGCUGUUGAAACAAGUGGCAUGCAUGGGGCUGUAGCAUGCCGAGUCUUGGCUUGAGUAUCAUUAACUUAUACAGUAUACGUGCAAUUUUCCGAUGUUUGUUAGGCUUCAAAUUUAGGAUACUAUCAGCCUGCUAUCAGC